AUGCCGGCAGACUCAGUGAAGAGGAAGCAGCUGGAGCUGAAGAUCGCAGCUGCAGCACGGCAGCACGCACAGAAGCGCCGGCAGGAGCGAGACUAUGGUCCAGUGGUAGCAAAAGCCAACCUUGGCCAUGGUGGCAGCUUUGAUGACACCCGCUGUGCCCCACGUGGCUCCCUUCGCUCCAGACAUCACUGGAGUAAUGUCAGCAGCCUGAGCACAGACAGUGGGAUUGUUGGCAUGAAUGAUGUCCGGGAUGACCAGGAUCCCAGCGAGGCCAACCAGACCAAGUCAGUGGAUGUGGAGAGGGCAGAUAGUGGCAUUGGCCAGACACCAGCCAGAAAGUGGAGGAGCAGGGCAUCUGAAACGCUGAGCUCCCUGCAGGCCUGGGAAGCACACCGCCCCUGCACCGACUGUGGAGAAAGGGACCUCCCAGUGGAGACAGACGUGCAGAACUGCAAUCAGAGGCGGGCUGACCUCUGUGAGAAGUGCUGCAAACGCAGGACGGAGCGCAAGGAGUCUGUGCUGGAGUUCGUCAACACAGAGGCCAGCUAUGGAGAGGACCUGCGCAUCAUCAAAGAGGAGUUCUACCUCCCCAUGCAGGCAGCUGGACUGCUGAGCCAGGAGCAGCUCCUGGGCAUCUUCAGCAACAUCCAGGAGCUCAUCGACCUCAAUGAGAGCUUCCUGGAGAUACUUCAGGAAGAGAUUGAUCAGGCCUUUGACCAGGGUGAUGAUGACCUGAUGACCGUGUGCAUCGGCGAAAUAUUUCUAGAGUUCGUCAACAUGCUGCCAGCCUUUCAGACCUACUGUCUUCAGCAGUCCUCCUCCGUGAAUAUGCUCAAUGCUCUGGAGAAGGAGAAAGAGCUCCUCAGAAUAUUCCUCAAUGUCUCCCAGAACGACAACACAGCACUGAGGCGGAUGAACUUGAGGUCCUUCCUGAUGGCCCCGUUGCAAAGAGUCACCAAGUACCCACUGCUGCUCAGCAGAAUCAUCAAGGCCACCACCGAAUACCACCCAGAUCAUAGCAGCCUGCGGGAGGCCAAGAGCCGCAUCGAGUCUCACCUGGAGCACAUCAACAUGAAAACCAAGCAGGAGGGGAACACGUGGACCCUCCGAUCUUUUCGCCAGGACAGCAAGAAGAAGAGGGAAGUCAUCAACAUUGAGAUGAGAGAAACUGCCCUCAAAACUGUAGGUUGGCUGCGGGAGGAAACGCGGUUUGUGAUGGAGGGGUCUCUGCAGCUGGCCCAGCCGCCCGAUGGCCAGUGGGUGAAGAAAGGCAGCAAGACCCUGAAGUUCCAGAACAUGCAGGUCCUCCUCCUAGUGAACAUGAAGCGUGUGUCAGAGUCUAGCCUGGAGUCAGCUGAGCCAGGGCCCGUGAAGGAUGCCGUGCUGGUACUCAUCAGGGACAAAAAUAACGGGAAGUUCCAUUUGCUCAGGGAGCCCUUGAGGCUGAGUAAUUGCAUCGUGUCCACUGACCCUGACUGCGACGACACUUUUGAACUCAUUGAGAUCAGGCGGGAGGCAUUUGUGUUCCGGGACAGUGACCGGGCACGGACUCACCACUGGUUCAGGCAGAUCCGGCGGUACUCGAGGGAGCUGGGCUCCUGGAAGAAGCGGCGCAAUGCACUGCCCAACAUCAUGAUCAGCACCCCUCACACCAGGCCCUGA